AUGCCUUCAAACCGUCUCGAAGGCAAAGUCGCCGUCGUCACCGGCGCCGCAUCCGGCUUCGGUAAAGGGAUCGCCACCAAAUUCGCCCAGGAAGGCGCAAAAGUCAUCGUCGCGGACCUUUCCCAAGAGACGGGCCAGCAAGUCGCCUCUGAGCUCGGCGGUGUCUUCAUACGUACCAACGUCACCCUGAGGAGUGACUGGGAAGCCGUUCUUGCGCUGGCUCUCAAGGAGUUCGGACAGCUGGAUAUUGUUGUCAACAAUGCCGGAGCCUCGUACUCUAAUAAGGCGACGGAGGGCGUGACAGAGCAGGAGUUCGACAUGGUGAUGAAUGUCAAUGUCAAGUCCAUCUAUUUUUCGACAAGCGUCAUUGUGCCGUACUUCUUGAAGGAGAAUCGCCCUGGCAACUUUAUCCAGAUCGCUUCAACGGCUGGAGUUCGGCCUCGAGGAGGUCUGGCGUGGUACAGCGCCUCCAAGGGCGCUGCUAUCACGGCUACCAAAGCACUGGCCUCUGAAUACGGCCCCAAGCAAAUUCGUUUCAACGCUGUUUCUCCAGUGGUUGGCAUCACGGGAAUGACCAACCUCUUCUUGGGAUCAACAGAUAUCUCGACCUUUGUGUCGACGGUUCCGCUUGGACGACCAUCAACGCCUGCAGACAUUGCCAAUGCGUGCUGUUAUCUCGCCAGCGAUGAGGCGUCAUUCAUUACUGGAGUGAAUCUUGAGGUGGAUGGUGGGCGAUGCGUGUGA